AUGUUCGAUAUUCCUGAAUCAAAGAUUGCUAUUGUUAAUUGGUUCAGUAAAAAUGACAGCGAAACAUUGUAAGUUUUACUUGAUCUUUUGUAAAUCUUCUCACAAACUACAAACUUUUCUUGUUUAUUUCUUUCUCGAAAAAAACACCUUUUUUGUUAUUUUUUGUUGUGCGAGUUUUCCCAAAUUGCGCCAAAUAUUUGAAAAAUCAACACCUUUCCAAUGGUGUCGUAAACAACCAUCCAAAAAAAUAACACUAUUCAAAACGGGGCCGACGUGAGAUAGUAUAAGAUAGUUGAGAGACGCAGAGUGUCGAAUCUGUCACCUUGUCACUCAAAAACUAAACAAAAACAAAAUAAGCCACGCCCACUGAGAAAAAGGCGGGGCGAAGGAAUGGUGUGGUUUUGGAGCAAAAAUUAAAUCAGUUAGGUCAGAAGACAUCAUCGAGAAUGGUGACUUCUAAAAAUCCUCUCGAGGAACCUUUUAUUUUUUAUUGAAAUUAUUUUCGUUUACUUGGUUUCAAUCAAUCAAAGUCUUUUUUGCAGAAUGUAUGCACCACACGAUGAUCAAGUUAUUGCAACUUCUCGAAAACGCCACGCAGAUCCACAAGAAUGGGCGCCACAAACAAAAAGAUGGACAUCAGAAGAAGUAGAAAAUAAUGGACAAAUUGCGCAGCAAUCAGAAAGCUUUGCUGAAUUUAUGGCUGGAAAUCAACAAUUUGAACAAGCUGGAUGGGGAGAUCAUGGUUGGAAUCACAGACCAGAACAACAACUUCCACCAGGACAAACACAACAACAAUUCUAUCAGGAUUUGAAUCAACAACAUUAUCAAUAUUAUGGGGUGAGUUUGAAAAACUUUCAGAUAAUUUUUUAAAAGGUUGUGAAAUCUGAGAAUGGAAUAUUUUUGCUACAGUAUCGUAGGCAAUGAAACUUUCUUGAAAAAUGGUGACCAGUAGUUUUUUACCAAUAUUCGAAGAUCUACAGUAAUCGAAAAAUUACCCUACAGUAAUCCUAAAAGAUCCAACAUUUCACCGUAUUAUAUUUCAUCAACUAUUUUUUCCAGAUGAUUCCACAAAAUCAGCAACAAAUUCACUAUCAUCAACCAGGUCAACAUAUUUAUCAACAAACAUCGCAACAAACAGAACAAGUUGGUCAAGAAUAUCCACCACAACAACAUACUCCACCAUCAAAUAUUCAACCAUAUGAUCAACAAAAUCAACAAACUCAAGAAUAUUAUCAAUAUCAAACUCCACAAAAUCGUUUUCAAUCACAACAAAAUAUUGAUACACCAUCUUCGAGUCAAUCAACACCAAAUCUUGGAAAUGUUUCAUCAAAUUCUGAAACUUCGCCAAAUAUUAUUGGAAAUCAGUCAAAUGAGCAAAUUGAAGAAAAUUAUGAAGAAGGAGAAGACGAGGAAGUUGGUUCUCAAGGAAAUGUUGAAGUUCCUGCUGCAGAUAUCGCACUUCAAAGAAGUAUUUCACUUGAAAAACAAAGAGUUGAAUGGUUGAGAAGACGAGAAAAUCGAAAAAUUCAAGGACCACAUAUGAUUCCAAAUUGGGAUAAAUCAAGAGAUCAUGAAGUAUUUGAUGUUGUUGGUGGAAGAUUGGCAAUUGUUGGAAAUUUGACAAAAUAUCGAUUGACUGUUGAAGAACUUCGACGAAGAAUUGAAGGACCAGAAAGUCUCAAUAUCAGCCAAUUGAAUUGUUUAUUCAGAAAGGCAAAAAGAAAGAAUGGAACUGAACAUAUUCGAAGACAAUUAUGGGAUGAAUAUGGAAUUGAGAUUAGAAAUGCACAAAGAACAUCGUGUCUUCAAUCAAAGUUCACACCAUUUUUAGAAGGUUGGUUUUUUAAACUCUUUUUUCAAAAAAUCUUUAAAAAAUAUUUCUCAUUAAAAGAAAUAUUAGAAAAAUAUUACAAAAAUUCAAAAUUUAUAAAAAAUUAAUUUAAUUGUUUUUCAGAAGAAGCACGUGUACUCGCGCAAGAUUUCGAUUCUCUAACUGCCACAUAUUUUCCAAGUGAAGAAAUUGCAAAAAUGUGUAUUGAAUCGUUGAAACGUUGUGAUCAUCCACCAGCAAAACUUCGAAGUAUGAUCACUUCAUUUUUCAAAACAAUGGAAAGAAUCACUUCAGUGACAAGUUUAUGUCUUCCCAAAACAACCGGAGAACCAGAAAUUAUUUAUGGAUAUCAACCUUUGGAUGAAGGUAUGGAAUUAUAUUCGAAUAGAUGUCAUGGAUUUGGAAUUCAUAAUAUGAAUACAUGGUUUCGCGAAAUCUACAAAACAUUCCAAAUUGUUCAAAGAGCUUUUGAUUCCGAAAUUGAACAACAACAACAACAUCAACAAAUUCAAGAACAUCAACACCAUGAAAAUGUUUAUGCACCACAAGUUGACAACUUUUACUAA